AUGAUUUUCAAAACUUGGACUACUGGGCUUCUCGCCCUCUGCUCUUCUACUUUAACCUCGGCCUCUGCCAUCCCGUACGUCGACGAUCAGGCCGUUUUGAAAUAUGCCGACCAUGCAGCUUCCCCCCACGACGUUGACGCGGAUACCUUCACCCGUCCAUCCUGGUUUACAUCUACUUUGAUGGCCCGUCGUCUACUCGCACUCUCUCCCUCUGGUGUUAUCUCCACCACCUUCCCCAGUCACAUCCCCGCCUCGUCCCGCACACCUGCCGAGGUCGCCGGUUUUCCUAUCGGUCUUCGCGAGUAUAUCGCUGACUGCGACGGGAUUCUCCCCGAGAACCUCUCGCACGGAGAUAACGGCGACCCGACUAUCUUAGCUCUGCGCGUGGCAACGACAUUCAGAAAUAUCGGCACCGGCUCGAACCUCAGUCUUGAAAUCGACUGGUGGGAUCAUCUCUCUGAUGCGGGCGCCGUCUAUCCAGGCCUGCCUCCUAGUCCAGCUGCGUUGCCGCGUAUCACUCUAUUCGGGUAUCUGGAUACUCUCCCCGAAUUAUCGGUCGCUGCUGCUGCCAGCUUGGAGAAGUGCUUCCUCCAGUCCCAUCCCGAUGCGAAGUACUGGUUACCCGCUACCCCGGGAUCCCCGCAUGCGAGCUACUGGGCCCGACUGGUUGUCACGCAUGUUUACUGGAUCGGUGGGUUUGGCGACGUGCAGCAGAUCGGGUGGAUGAACGUUACCGAGUGGAAGGGGAUCCGUCAGCAUGGUAGUCUGCCGGGUGUGGGUGAUGGACGUGGAUGGGAGGAUGUGCGAUUGCCCGGGGAGAAGAAGGGCCAUGGUGCUCUGUGA